UCUGAGGACGUUUGGGCCUGGGCGGCCUCCGUCCGCAGCGGGUUCGCGAGUGGGCGCGGCGACUGCGGAGGAGGACGGCAGCUCUGCCGACCAUGGAGUUCGACUGUGAGGGCGUGCGGCGGCUGCUGGGCAAGUACAAGUUCAGGGACCUGACUGUGGAGGAGCUGAAGAAUGUGAACACGCAUUUCCCGCACUUCAGAUACUCCAUGGACACCUACGUUUUCAAAGAUACUUCCCAAAAAGACCUGCUGAAUUUCACUGGGACUAUUCCUGUGAUGUACCAGGGUAUUACAUACAACAUACCCAUUCGCUUCUGGAUCUUGGAUUCUCACCCUUUUGCUCCACCCAUUUGCUUCUUGAAGCCAACUGCAAACAUGGAAAUCUCAGUUGGAAAACAUGUGGAUGCCAAAGGCCGAAUAUACUUGCCCUAUCUCCAAAACUGGAGCCAUCCUAAAUCUGUCAUUGUUGGAUUAAUUAAAGAAAUGAUCGCCAAGUUUCAGGAGGAACUUCCUCUUUAUUCGGUGCCAUCAUCCAAUGAAGCACAGCAGGUCGACUUGCUAGCCUAUAUUGCAAAAAUCACUGAAGGUGUCUCAGACAUAAAUUCAAGGGGCUGGUCAAAUAAUGAGAAUAAAAUACCCAAUAAAGUUACCGUAGUUGGAAGUGGAGAUUUGGGUAUUGCCUGCACAUUGGCAAUUUCAGCAAAGGGCAUUGCAGACAAGCUGCUCCUUUUAGACCUCUCAGAUGGGACUAACCAGGGGACGAUGGACCUUGACAUCUUCAACCUGCCUAAUGUAGAGAUCAGCAAAGAUUUGUCUGCCUCUGCUCAUUCCAAGGUGGUGAUCUUCACAGCCAACUCUUUGGGUGGUUCUGAGUCCUACCUGCAUGCCGUGCAAAGCAAUGUGGACAUGUUCAGAGCUCUUGUCCCAGCUCUGGGACAUUAUAGCCAACGUGCUGUCUUCCUUGUUGCAUCUCAGCCAGUGGAAAUCAUGAGCUAUGUGACGUGGAAACUGAGCACAUUCCCUGCAAAUAGAGUGAUUGGGAUCGGAUGCAAUCUGGAUUCACAGAGAUUACAAUACAUUAUUAUGAAUGUUUUGAAAGCACAGACUUCAGGCAAAAAAGUAUGGGUUGUUGGUGAACAGGGAGAAAACAAAGUGUGCUCAUGGAGUGGCCGAGACGGAGUAAUGAGUCAUAGCUCCCAGGCAGAGCUGUCCAGCAGAGCCAUGGAACUGUUGAGAGUAAAAGGCCAGAGAUCUUGGUCUGUUGGACUGUCUGUGGCUGACCUGGUGGACACUAUUGUAAAUAAUAAGAAGAAAGUGCAUUCUGUAUCAACUCUAGCAAAGGGAUAUUAUGGCUUAGAUAAUGAAGUGUUUUUAAGUUUGCCAUGCAUCCUAGGAACCAGUGGAGUAUCUGAAGUCAUCAAAACCACAGGAGAAGACCCAAUGACUGAGACACUCCAAAACAGUGGGUCCUCAAUCCACAGUCUCCAACAACAGCUGAAACUGUGAUUUCCAAGUGCAGUCACCUGAAGGGGGAAGCUUACUUAAUCCCACAAGCACACAUAGUUUUGGGAACUUCUGUAACUUACUAUCUGUUCUUACAAACAGCCCUUAUAGUAGAUGGCUUCUUAGCUAGCUUUUUAAUUUGAAACCUUGAGAAUGGGAAAGGAUAUAAUUUCUUUGGGAGUUUUUGACAUACCUAUACUGUUGUUUAAACUUGUAGCAGGGAUAAAUAUUUGUUUGUAUUGUAUAUCAUUUAUAAAUUGCAUGUCCUAACAUAAGGCACAUUUAGCACUUUAGAGAUUUUCUGAAAGAAACUCAUUCCUUAAAGAUUCCUAUUGGAAAUUUAUUUAAGCAUGGUAAGCUGAAGGUAGGAUGGGCACAAAGUCUGUGGUAGGCAUACAUUCAAAGAAUCUUAGCUUUAUGGAUUAACUUGCUUCUUUUGCAAGAUCCUGUUGAUAAUAAUGGCAAAGCAUUUUAUUUUCCUUCUUCAAAUUCACUAGCUACCAAACAUUGGAAAGGAUUUUAGUAUGCAUUUUAAAUUGGUUAAAUGGAAUUUUAAAUUUAAAUUUUAAAUGAAAAAUAAUAUGUGACUUAAUUUCCAAUGUAAUUUCCUUUCUGAAGAUUUCUAUAAUAACCUCUUCCUGGGCUAGAAGAUCUCAAAUGUAUCUUAAGACUGUUAAUAGAAAAGGUGUUUUUCUGUGGCCGUAGAUAAUAACAGCCAAGCAGUAUAUUUUGAGACAAAAGUAAGAGACUUUCCUAAAAAACAUUGGUCAUAAGGGAAAGAAGCCUUGGUUUGCUGCUUCUGAACAAGCCUUAGUCAUUCCAGAAGAAACAGUUCUGACUAUACCUUGGUAUUGAUCAAUCAGUAUUUCCAUGUGGAAGAGACAGCACGGUGACAUGGCUCCUGUAUAGUGAGCUGCUUACAUUGACUGGCUGAGGUAGGGACAGUCUCCAUUACAGAGGAGGAUUGACUUUGGUUUCUAAGAUUGCAUAGGUCCCAAGGAACAUUACUUACCUGUACAACCUUUGCUUUGUAUAGGUAGCAACAGGGGCUGUGGGAGGCCUAAAGGUGUAAAGCCAGGUUAUCACAAUACACUUAACUAAAGUAGUUGAGGCUUGGGAUAUUUUGAAAAGAUUAAUUCCAUUCUUGUGUGGGUGGGGUUCUUUUGUUUGUUUUUGUUUUUUUGUGGUUUUUUUUUUUUUUGUUUGUUUGUUUUUGUUUUUGAGACAGGGUCUUUAUGUGGUCCUGGCUGUCUUAAACCUCAAUAUUAUAGAAUAAUAAACCAGGCUGGGCAGUGGUGGCACACACCUUUAAUCCCAGCACUCAAGAGGCAGAGGCAGCCAGAUAUCUGUGAGUUUGAGACCAGCCUGGUCUACAAGAGCUAGUUCCAGGACAGCCUUCAAAGCCACAGAGAAACCAUGUAUUGGAAGAAAAAAAAAAAGAAUUAUUGACCUCAAACUGGAUCAAUCGGCCUGCCUCUGCCUCCCAAGUGCUGGGAUUAAAGGCAUGUGCCACCACUAUAUGGCUGUCUUCAUUUGCUUUUGAGACCAAAGUCUCAUGAGUGUGAGUUACCAUGCCUAGCAACAAUUUCUGUUCUGUUCUGUUUGUGGGGAUCUAAUCCAGAAUCUGAUGCUUGCUGGGCAAGUCUUCCAGUGUCGUAGUUCAUCCACAACCUAGUUUCUAAAAUCUAAUAACUCUCUUGAACAAUAAACCAACUGCAUAAUGUUAUAACAAUAAACUGCCAAGAACUAUGUUAAUUAUAGAAAGAAAUGUCAGUAUAACAGAUAUUUUUGAACACUCACCAUUACUCCUGGUAUUUUGUUAGAGUUUGACCUCAAAAGGCCAUAGUACAGAAGCCAUUUUCUGUAGCACACACUUCCUUCAGUUAAGCAGCAAUCGUAAGUUCCAUGUAAGUCAAGUGGUGCCAUCACCACCAACUCGUUUUGAUUUGGUGACUAUUAACAAUCACAGAGCUUUUGUCUGGGAACUUUCAUUUUCUCUGAAUUUUUUUAAUGGUUUAAAUGAUGUUGACUUGAGUAACCUAUAUAUUGUAUCAGUCUCAAAACCAGUGGGAAAUAUACAGUGUUCAUGUAUUUCUCAUCUGAGGCACAAGAACAGGAUCUGCAGUAGUGUCAUUUCCUGGGUAAUAUCUACAAUCUGACAAGUUUCAAUCCUGUAUCAUGUUAUAAAUCCUAACUGAUUUUUUUUUCUUAUUAUGUUCUGAAAUUCAGGUUUUGGGAAAAACUAGUGAAGGACUUAUUUCCUCAUUUAAAAAACACUGUUAAGUAAAAUGUUUUUUCUUCUUUGCCAUCUGACAAGGAGGGGGAAACUUUCACUUUCCAAAAUCAUGCAGGACCUCAUGGUUUUUAUUGGGGCUUGGAUUACAAUGUUUUUUGAUACUGUAAGGUAUAUUUUUCAUUUUCCAAUUUACAUUGUUUUCUGUAAAUAUAAAAAAUAAUUAACGAAAUAAACUUUGACUUUAAAAGGA